AUGCGUUUGGAUUCCCUCAAAUCUAAUAAGGAUGUCCUUCGAAGCUACAUUUCGUACAUCAAUGAGUAUUUACAAAAAUUGCAGGAAACUCGUGAUUCAAUUCUCACCAUUUCAGUCAGACAUCAUCUUUCAGAAAAUAUCAAACCCAUGUUCAGAUUGCUUAAUCAGUUAAAGUGUAUUUCGGGAAGCAGUGCUAUUCCGAAACAAGGGGGGAGCAGGUUACUUAAGAAAAGAUUCAGAAGGAUCCACCCCAGCCGAUGGAAAAUUCUGAUGAGCAACAUGAAUAGAAACCAAAAUUUGACUAGAAAGGUAGUGAAGCUUCCGGAUCAAAAUACAAAGGAAAAAUCAUUGAUGAUGAUGAAGAAUAAGAAGAUCUAUCUGAAGGAGCAAAGCUCAAAAGAAAGAAACGCAAUAAAGAACUUGAUGAGAUUAUGCAUGUUAAUCAAGAAGUUGAAGCUUGUGAAAAAGAAGCUCGUUAUGAAAAGGUCACUUGUAACACCUGUCCCAGGUAUUGAGUAG